UGUCCGUGGUCAACGGUCAAUGUCAUCGCCGAGUAGAGGCCGCGGAGAAGGCACGGUUGUUUACGCAUCAAGAUUCUUCCCUCUCUUUGAAGUAUUCAAUUUCAAAGUGAUUCCUAUAGACUAUACAUUUUCUAUAAUCUUGAGGCUUAGUUAGGGUUUUCUGUCACUGCCAUGGAUUUCGAAAGUAGGAGGCUUCAUCUGCUAAUCUCUGUUCUCGCCAUCGUUGCACUUAGCUUCACAGCUGAAAAGUGCAGGGAACUUGUUGGAGAGGAUGGGUCAUCCCAGAGUGGAAAGUUUACGAUCUUAAAUUGCUUUGAUAUGGGUUCUGGAACUGUAGCAUGUGCUGUGAAGGAAGGUGUGAAGCUCUACUUUUACAAUAUCAGAUCUUCUCAUGUUGAAAGAGCAAGGACCAGUGCAAUUGAGUCUGCCCUUGUUCAUGCUGUUAGUCAGGGGAUGUCCCCAACAGAUUCUGCAAAACAUGCACAGAAAGAAGGUAAGAAGGCAGCGAAAAUGGCUUCCCGUCAAGCCAAGCGGAUUAUAGGUCCCAUCAUCUCAUCUGGAUGGGAUUUCUUUGAAGCUAUUUACUAUGGUGGUACUUUGACAGAAGGUUUCCUCAGGGGCACUGGUACUUUGUUUGGUACUUAUGGUGGAGGGUUCCUCGGGGAGCAAAGGCUUGGUAGAUUUGGCUAUCUUGUUGGAAGUCACAUGGGCAGUUGGGUUGGUGGCAGAAUAGGACUGAUGAUUUAUGAUGUUGUUAAUGGACUGCAUUUGUUGUUGCAAUUUGUUCAGACAGGAGAAGUUGUAGUUCGCGAAAAAUCUGAAUCAUCUGAAAGUUCCUUUUUCGGUGGCGAAACUCCUGUUUAUGACACCUCUGAAGGCUCUGGAUUAUAUGAAUCACCUCCCAGUGAUGAAUCAUAUGCGUACGAAUCACCUCCCAGUGAAGAAUCCUACGCCUAUGAAUCAACUGAUCGUCAGAGCUAUGAAACAUAUAGAGAUUCUGAACUGUGAUGUGAUGAAAAUGUGAUGUUCAUAUACUGGUAUUUGCUCAAAUUUUUGGUCAGCUCUGAAGACUGUUUCCAGUGUUGGCAGAUCAUCCCACGAAGAAUCCAAUGUCUAAGAAUCUACUGAACCUCACAGCUAUGAAACAUAUGAAGAUUCUGAAUUUGGGUAAAAUUGAAGUUCGUAUAUUGGUACUUGCCCAAAUUUUAGGUUGAUUAUUAGUGUUUUAGUUCAAUGUCUUUGCUUCAAUGUAUCAGGGAUUGCUAACCUCUGGAGACUCUAAUAGUGCUCCACUUCAUGUAAUUGGGGAAUACUGUAGGUCCCAACUUUUAUGCUGAAUAUAUCUCUUGCCUUCAAUUUUCAA